AUGCCUCAGCUGUUGUUAUCAAUGUGUCCAAAAGAAUGCAUAUGUAUAUCUGAGGAGCAAAAAGUGACACGUUGUGAUAAUGCAGCACUUAAUGAUAUCCCAGCUUUAUUGGAUCCACGAAUUACAUCAUUAAGUAUGGUGAAUUGUACAUUGAAACGAUUGGAUCCUGAUGUUCUGGAAUUAUAUCCUGAUCUGGAAUAUCUUGAUUUAUCAUUCAACAAAAUCGAUAUGAUUGAUAUGAAAAUUUUCAAAUAUCAAACAAAACUUCGUGUAUUACGUCUCAAAGGCAAUCAACUUUCAUCAUUACAGCUGGACAGUUUCAUUGACUUACGUCAAUUACAGAUACUUGAUCUCUCCACCAAUCAACUUCUUCAAUUGGAACCAUCGACAUUUUCGAUACUUAAUAAUCUUCAAAAAUUAAUUCUAUCAAAUAAUUUACUCACAAAAUUACAAUCGGAAACUUUUGUUGGUUUAAAAAAUUUACAACAAUUAGAUUUAUCCAAUAAUCGAUUACAUACAAUUGGUGAACAUUUAUUCGAUGAUAUAACAACUUUACAAUCACUUAAUCUUAGCAAAAAUAAUCUUUCAAAGAUUGGAUCAGAUACAUUCGCCAGCUUGACCUCUUUAAAACAUCUUGACCUUAGCUCAAAUUCACUUACUGAUGACCUGUCAUUUAAUGGUCUCAACAGUUUGCAAUAUCUCAAUAUCAGUUAUAAUUUGUUACAACGAAUCAUAGCAUCAAAUUAUCGUCCAUUAAGUGAAUUACGUGAGCUUGAUUUAUCAGCUAAUCAAAUGAUGGAAUUAGCGACAUCAUCAUUUAUUGGUCUAAAUUCACUUGAGAUCCUUCGAAUGACCAAUGAACCAUACUUACAUUCCAUAAAGCCGAAUGCAUUUUCUGGUUUGAUAAAUUUACGCAAUCUUAAUUUAUCCUCAUGUCAUAUUUUGGAAAAAAUUGACGAAAAUGCAUUUGAAUAUGGUGAUCGAUUGGAGAUACUUGAUCUGAGCAAUUGUCGACUGAUACGAUUACCGCAGAAACUUGCGGAAUGGACAAAUUUAAAAUCAUUACACAUAUCCGGUAAUCCGUUUCAUUGUGAUUGUGAACUGUUAUCGUUCCUUCCGGAAGUGCUUCGAAAAUUCUCAAUCAAUAUCACCUGUUUUACACCACCUUGGCUAUUCGACAAAAAUAUCAUGCAGCUGUCUGAGAAUUGCACAACAUUAAGCAAAUCACAACUAAACUUUGCUAUUCUUGGUGCUUCAUUAUUAGCUCUUACCAUUUUACUACUUCUUGGUUUCUGUAUCCGUCGACAUUUUCCAUUAUGCAACAAAUUUUCAUCCGUCAAAUAUCGUACUCGAAACAAAUGUCGCUCACAUCUAUACAGUAAACCUUUCCUUAUCACUUCAUCAAUCAAUGAUAAAUCUGACUUAUUAUCCGAGCAGACUUGCUAUACGACAACAAAUCGUAGUACUUCAAAUGGUUUCUCUCGUUCCGGCGGUCUCUAUGAUGAUGAAGGUUAUUAUAGCAGCGUAAUGUUUCCUGCCGAAUAUAACGCUUACGAACGUGCACGUCCGGUCUAUCCGAUACCCCCACCUGCGGCAACAAUUCCGCAAACACUGCCAAAAAGCUAUGCGGAUGACAAUUUUAGGAUUAUUUCCGAAUAUCCUGUACCAAUUACAGAAUUAUGA